AUUCGAUUUCAAUGUCAGACAUGCUUACUAUUCACUAUUAUGUAAGCGCUUUCUGUCGACAACACUACUUGAAGUCGACCAACAACGCUCCUUAUUCUUAUUUACGUUUCAUCCAGCUGGACUGGAUACUGUACAUUAACAUCCUUUUAAUCUCUUUAUCUUUUCGUUCCAUACAUCACUCACACGCUGGUCGUCCAUGCAAUCGAACCGUCCUCCCCUCCAGGCUGGAAAGCUCGGCCUGCCAAGUUCCCCCGCAUGCACUCGUCUCAAGAGAGACGCGCCUUUCGUGGAAGGUCACUCGCGAAACCAGAGCCAGCCCAUUUCGUUCACUACUACUCGUUCGUUACGCCCUCAUAGGGCCGUCCAUGUCUCCCGGGUAUCCACUCGCUCUGGGCCUCGUACUAUAGGAACCACUUUUGAUUCUCGCUCCAAAGUACCUGCAGGCAGCCGCGACUCAAGCACUUCGGCCGGUUCCGAAUCAUCUACUUCAUCCUUCUCAUUCCAGGGGAGAAUGAAUAACCCCCAGCAUGGUAGAUAUUUUUCAAUAUUGGAAAAUGGUGAUAGUAUAUGGAAUCGUGUCGCUGCGGCUGCCAGUGUCUUGACAGUCAAUGUCAAUAAAGCAUGGUAUUCAAGGAUCCUCGCCUCAGACGACGAAGAAACGGCUCCUGGACGUGACUCGCAUUUGAUCCGCGUAAUGAAAGCUUAUCAUCUUGCAAAAGCCCGUCACCCUUCAGAUCUUCCUGACUGGCUCUUUGACGAGCGUGAACGGAAACCAUCUCUCAGUUCUCGCUUCAGAGAGUCGCCAAGAGGUGCAGCAUCUCACGCCCAAUCUCUGUACCCUCCAGCGCUCCGUCAUGUCUAUGACGACACGGCCUCUCUUGCACCACGAACAAACCAUUCACACACCACAUCCCAUGUCCUCACUUCCCCAGAAAAGACAGGUUCAUCAAAGGCCGCGGAUCGCCUGAAGGCAUUCAGGGACGCAAAGCGUGCUGAUUUGGGUGUGCGGCACGUUUCAUCCAAGUCGGAGAGCUCGUCCUGCUCUCCAUCACGAACUUAUACCAACGUGGAUGCACGUCAUAAUGACAGUCAGCAGGGCGUAUUGUCUUCUCCUACCAGACGACCCGUACUGUCGGCUCAGCCGUCAAAGCCAGGCGCAUUCUGAUUCAGUUGGCAUACCAGUCUUUCUCAGUCCUGAAGUAAGUUUCUAUGAGCGCUCAGACACGUAUGGAUAAACAUUUUUUAAAUAUCCUGUGUAACUUGGGUGUCAUACAUGUAUGUACGGGUGUUUUAGACUUAGUUGACUUGACGGUCGAAUAUAUGGAUUCGUUUGAACACCUAGAUUUUAUCUUAUCUUUAUUAUUG